AUGCAGCCCGGGCAAAUGACUCCGAAGAAACGCAAACGGGUGCACUCGUGUUCAAUAUGUGGUGGUUCGUACAGCACACCGUCACAACUUCAGCGUCACUCGCGGGUGCACAGUGGCGAGAGACCUUACGUAUGUAAUUUAUGCGGGCGCCGUUUCACACGUUCCGAUCAUGUCAAACAGCAUCUCAAGAUUCACUCCCCCCACCGACAAAAGAACAUGUGCCGCAUUUGCGGGUCGCAGUUUUACAAAUCGCAAAUCCUCGGUAGCCAUCUGCGACGCCACGACGUCUACCAGAUCCACCUGUGUCACCAGUGCGGGGAAGGCUUUCAGGAGGCGGAAGAGCUCGAAAAACACGAGCGAUUGCAUAACAUCAAGACGGACAUCCGGCCUAGCGGCGAGGGUACAGACGGGGUCCCCAGCACAAGCUCCGAGGCACAAGAAGGCGAGGGUAAUUGGCUGGGUUGUGCCCGCUUCUGCCUCGCCCAGAUACCCUCAAUCAGCAACAAAAUCCUGCAGACUCCAAAUCGUAAGAACGAAAACAGCUGUGAGGAAAAUGCCGACGCCAUCGAGAGCGCGACGCCGGAGUUUAAUAACAUUGAGAUUACCCCUAAAGCUAGUCCCGAAGAAAACAGCGAGUCCCCCCAGAUAUCGGUCUCUCCCGGGUACUCUCUGGUCACUACAGCAUCAGAAGUACCAGAAGAAAAUGCGCCAGCAGAGGCCAUCACCAGCAGUUCCAACUCUACAAUUUUCAUGGUGGCCACACCCCCGAAUAACGUUGAGAAUGAGACAGUAGUCAAGACGACGUCCACUUCCACCUCUCACGCCACAACCACCAGUCGAAGUGCUUCUCGCAAGGCCGGCAGACCUCUGAAAGCGGUCAUAAAACGUGAGCCGGUCGUCACUACCACGACUGCACCGACAUCAGUAAAUGAUGUCCGUGCCCCGCGGUGCACUAUCAGUUUGCUAGCUGCUAGCAGGACGAGUGUGACUCGGGCUGAAGUAUGCACUCGCAGGUCCAUUUCGUCAACCACUCCAACUGUAGCUUCCAAUGCCGUUGUCCUAACCACACCCAAGGAGACAACGACAACCACCACUAGCCCUUCGUCAAUGGGAACACCACCAUUCCUACUGAAUGGUAAACGCCUUGGCCGAUGUGAAUACUGCGGUAUUUGGUUUGAGGACUAUGCCAUGUGUAUGCUGCACAACAGUCUGCACUCUGCUGACGAUGCUGACCCCUUUACCUGUCGGAAAUGCUUGAAAAAACUCGGAAAUCGGCUUGAGUUUAUGGCUCAUUUAGUCUGGCACUUAGACCCAGAAUUACCGUAA